AUGGACACUGAGGACGACGACCUCGAUACCCAGCUGCUUGUCACGCAGGUGCAGCUCGACGAUCUGGCUGCUGCUCAAUCCCAGCAGAAAGGGAAGGCUCGCAUCGACGCACCGGCUACGGACACCCAGGUGGCCCUACACCACCAGAAAGUCGUCUUAGAGGAGCAGCAGAUUCUUCUACGAGACAGGAGGCUCGCCCAAAGUGUCUAUCGUGCCGUGGAUGCCGACCGCGAGAUGCUCAUUCUCAUGGCCAGCGUGGACCAGGCCGAACGCGAUGACCGUGUGGCUGCGGAAGCGCUCUCGCGAGACGAGGCGCUACCGGCUGAGACUGAUUACCAGAGGUCUCUCCCUGCAUAUAUGUAUCAGCUCGGACAGGACAAUGAGUUCGCUCGACGGCGCGGAUACGCCCAAGAUACCGCAAGUACAGCGUCAUCGUCGACUCUCGUUUCCAGCGCCACGAGGUCGACACCUGCGCGGUUGACAUCUUCAACAUUUCCUGCCCCGUCCCUAGUGUCAACUAUCAAGCCGUCCGAUUCUGCUUCUAUGGCCCGUUCCUCGGUCUCAUCUUCAAGUGCCCCAUCUCUACUAUCCCUGCUCGGAGCAUCGUCACUCCUGGGUAGCAAAGCUGCCACCAAAAUCAACACAACGAAGAGCUCUUCUGCCUCUCGAUCUGCGGCUUCCGGUACAUCUACUCAACGAGCGGAGAGGGUCAACAACGCGCAUGGCGUAGAUGCUGCUGCGGCUGAUCCGGAGCGGCACGCAGAGAGGUUGGAAGAGGCGAUCGACGAGCUUCAAGAAGACCAUAUAUGCACUGGUCAUACUUGGGCCUAUCGACAUGGCGAAGGCACUUGCGAAGAGUGCGGUAAUAAGGAGUCGGUGUUCUUGAUGCGUUGCACACAUUGUCAGACUUUAGCGUGCAGGAGGUGCACACAGAACCGCCUGUGA